AUGCCGGCAAAAGAGUUACGAACAGUAGAAGAAACAGAAACAGCAGCAAAGCAACCACACAAACAGACAGCAGCACCCAUACGAGAAGCAGCAGCAGCCCCAUCAGCGGCAGCAACAGCAGCGCGCCGCUUCGGUGCAGCGCCAUUGGCAGCAGCGGUGUUUGCGGAGGCGGAGGUGGGUGCAGCAGCAGCGGCCGCAACAGCGGAUGCAGCAGCAGCAGCAGAAUCAGGUCCCGUGGCCCUAGUUGCUGCUCCUCGUGGGUUCUGUGAAGGCGUACGGCGAGCGGUAGGAACAGUAGAAGAGGCCUUGAAGGUGUUUGGGCCUCCGGUGUACGUACACCACCAAAUCGUCCAUAACGAGUUUGUCUGCAAACAGUUGGAGGAAAGAGGAGCUAUUUUCGUAGAGAACCUUUCGGAAGUGCCUUUGAAUUCGGUUGUCGUCUUCUCCGCCCAUGGGGUUUCCCCACAUGUACGGAAAAAAGCAAAAGAAAGAAAUCUGACGACAAUUGAUGCUACCUGCCCUCUUGUACAGAAGGUACAUGUGUACGUACACCAGAAAGCACAAGAGGGAUAUCACAUCAUUGUCAUUGGCCACAAGGAUCACGUUGAGGUGCGCGGGGUUUGUGGGGAGGCCCCUGGAAGGGUGCAUGUGGUGGAGAGCAGUGACGAUGUCCAUUUGCUUCCUUUCUCUGCGGAAGAGAAGUUGUUCUAUGUGACACAGACAACGCUGAGUAUAUUGGACUGUUUGCACAUUGAAACAGAGCUAAAAAAGAGAUACCCCAACAUCGAAACUAUCAAAUCGGGGUCGGUGUGCUACGCAACUUCUAAUCGACAAGCUGCAUUAGGCGCCUUAGCUGCGCAUGCACAACUUGCAAUUGUUGUAGGAAGCAGAAGCUCUAGCAACGCCCUCCGACUUGUGGAGAUUGCUAAAAGCAAAGGAAUCCCGGCUUAUCUGGUUGGAAAUGCAGACGAUGUAGACCCUCAGUGGCUGGCUGGUGUGAAACGCGUUGUUGUUUCUGCUUCUGCUUCAACUCCCGAAGAAUUAACAAAACAAAUAAUGAACAGAUUAAAAGCUUUUAAUGUUCAGUUGCAAAUCGAAGCCAAUGCAGUCAACGAGAAGAAACCCGUGUGGAAGCUUCCCAAGUCCGUACAAACAGCCCAGCUGUCUGUGUGCACUCCAUAA